GUCCCUCAAAAGAAGAAAAAGAAAGGCUGUAUGCAACCCACGUGUCACAUCAACGAUUCGCUUGGACCAUUUUCGGCAACACUGUACAAUCAAGAAUACGCUUCCAUAAACAAUCAACAGCUGCAAUUCAUCAAUUCAUAUUCCCCACCCUGAAAGCUCUGCUAACAAUUGCAAAAUUCUCACAAUUUACCAACUCUUUCUCAAUUCUCAUAGCAUAUACCCACAGAAUAAAGGGCAGAGGAGAGAGAGUUAACCGCCAAAACCAUUAACAUCUUUCUUAAACUGAAACUUGCAGGAUUUCUUCAACUUCUAGACUGCUGAUGACAUAUUACAUGGAAAGUAUGGUGAGUUUUUCGAUUUGUAGUCAAGAUUUUUUACUUUAUAUUGGAGGGCCGUCUUGAAAUUGCCCAGGAGAGGGACCAGUACAUCUGUUUUUGUCUGCAAAAUACCACAAUCAAUUAAGGCUGAGCAGUGAGUAUAUAUGGCUAUGAAUGAUGAUAUACCUGGGGCUGUGGGAACAAGUGCCAGUUUUGCUUUGAGAUUGGGCCAGGCUGCUUUUGCUUCUGCCUCUCUUCUCUUCAUGUCUUUAGGGGUGGAAUUCUACAGCUACACUGCCUUUUGCUUCUUGGUCACAAUCAUGGGACUGGUCAUUCCCUGGAGCGUCACUCUGGCACUGGUUGAUGGCUAUUCUGUAUUUGUCAAGUGCCCAAUUCGCCAGCCAGGAAUACUACUUGUGAUCAUUUUAGGAGAUUGGGCGUUGUCAAUCCUCACACUGGCUGCAGCUAGCUCAACUGCAGGCAUAGUUGAUCUCCUCCUGAGAUCAGAUGGAACAUUCUGCCCUUCAAAGCUAUGCAGUAGAUACCAAAUAUCAGCAGCAAUGGCCUUCUUAACAUGGUUUCUCUCCAUGGCUUCAUCACUUUCCAAUCUUUGGCUACUUCCCUCCUUGUGAGGUUCUCAAUCUCCCUUUUUGAAGCAAAUGAUAUAGUAAUUGUUUCAGCAAAGUACUCAUAUAGUUAGUUAGUGCUGCAUGUAAAUAGUGGAUAAACUUUAUUAGGAAAUAUUGAUAAACAAUAUAGUUGAGAAAGAAUUUCUCAAGUUUGUCAGCAGAAUAGACAUUUGGGGAGAAAGGAAACAGCAACUAAAUGUAUAGGGGAAUCUGUAUCCCUUUAAUCUCUAUUGUUUAACUACAUAUGUCACAAAGAAUUGUUAGUUCAUGCUAAACCAUUGACUCACAGGGUCACAAGUUGGCAAGCAAAGAUUUUGCCAGUCAAAAAGCUGCUAUUUGUAUUUGUAACACACAAAAGUUUUCACUUUUCAGCAACCACUCUGAAUUGGGACUCUUUUGGCACUUGGCCAAAGAAUAAAACUUAGCAUCAGUUUGAACCAA